UGAUGCUGCUAAGAUGCCUCAGAGUCUCAGAGAGAAGGUGUACGCGAGAAGGGAACAAGAAGAAGAAGAAGGAGAAUGAAAGGAGGGAAUUGGAAGUCACCGAAGGUGUCCGCGAACAUACUUUUGCUGGGGUUACAGAGAAGAAAUAAUGGCCGGAGCAUUUGGCGAUCGAUGUUAGUUGCUGGAGGGGCCCGCCCGGCCCCCACUUGCGGGCGUUCCAUCGAUGGCCGAGCUUCUGCUCUGCUGCCUGUCAUGUUACUCAGUACUAAGUAGUGCCUUCCAACUUUCCCAUUCCCAUUCCCAUCAUGUUUUCUGUUCUUUUUUUUUUUUUUUUCUCUUAUGUGCUGCUUAUUCGUUCGUCCUGCUCAUCCAUCAAUCAAUUACUCGUCCGGAAAGUCAAUCCGUCAUAACCAAGUGUCUCGGUCACGGUCAUUGUUUCCCCUCCCGUGUGGCCCUUGGCUCCAGAAGGUAUCUAGACUCCCGUCGAUUUGCUACCCCGCCCCAAAGCGAGCUGGUUGCCCCUUAGCCGUGGUUUAGUGUGCUUGGAGCUGUACGGAGAAGAAAACAAAAAGUACCGGGCCAUC